AUUGGUUAACUAGUUAACCAGUCAGAAGUCAAGAAAAAUAGCUUGCUAAUUUACUUUGUUAUCACACCCACGCAUUUCAUCAAGACACAUCGAAUAGAAAAAAGGAUAAGGUGAGAGACUAUGAAGGACACACUGUUAAGGGCAUGGCUUAAGGCAGACAGACAACAAUUACAUAUUCUAGACAAUCGCGACGCGUGUUUUCUAACCAGCCUACAGUUUUCUUUUCUUUUUUUUCUAUUUGACCUUGUUAUGUUCUUACCCAAACUCUGCUAUUGUUGGGUUAUUAUUUUUUUUUUGAAAAUAUAGACAAACAUCCGUCAGAAGGGGGCCUUUUUAAAACACUGUUAGUAUGAUGACAUUUUAUUCAUUGUUGUUGUUCACAGUUAUGCUGCGUGACAUCGUUUGGAUAUAUGUCAUCUGAUAAAAAGUUAACUUUUUCAUUGAAACAUCUUUCCGUAUGAUAUUCCGUUGGUAUUGUGGACUUAUGUAAUGGCGUUUUCUCUUCCAAAUAAUCCAUACUUCAGCUCAGCACCAACUUCUUCUUCUUCUUUAUCAGAUGUAGCAGAAUUCAGGCAAAAUUUAGUCUCUAGGAUAUUUGGCAGACCUCAGGACUAUGAUCUUUCAUCACUUACACAAUCCCCCUCGCCUGAAUUACUACGUAGACCUGAUGUUUCAAAUUCACGGAAACCUUUAUGUGCACCUAAUAAUUUACUGAAUUCCCCUGGUUGGUUUCAGCAUGCACUGGCUUCCAGUCUUCAAAUGGGUCUACUAUCUCUGCCAAGAUAUAUGCUUAAAGAUAUUUGUUUACCACCGUUACCACCUCAUCCAUUGAAUAUGAGAUUACCCAGGACACCGAAUGUGUCUUCUGCACCUUAUGAACAAAUGCUAUCCGAUGUUAAACCAAAGAUUCCGAGUAAACCUCCUCCACUCCGUACAGAACAUUUCCGUUCUUCUUCUUCGUCAUGUUCUUCAUUAAAUGAUUGUGAAAGCAGCUUUCCUUCAUCGUACCACCGUCAACCAACCGUUCGACCGACAUUGAUGAAAAGGCAAACAGAACGGCCUAAAAUGAAUUGGUGUUCAAACAACAAUGCAUCGAAUCGUCCUGUCUCUGUUGAACCACAAGAUACUGGCACUUUAGUGCCUAGUCUUAUUGACGGUGAAGUAAUAAUGGGUUUUAAUGUUUGGGGUGAGAAACGUUUAUGUCUGCCACAUUUAUUUCGUUUUGUACUACACGAUGUUGACUUACAGAUUAUUGAUAAAGCGUGUACAAAACUACAAAUCGCGUGUACAACAUGUACACCAGCUCAAUUAAGUCUGUUACAUUCACGUCAAAUCCUUCCGCGUACAGUUGGCAGUUGUGGUCUUAUACGUAAAAGUGAUGCAGAAAGACUGACAAAGUAUAUUCGGCAUCAAAGUAUGUGUUUAGAAGGAGGAGGGGUGGGUAGUGAAGAAAAUCCCACCUUGUCAAAAUCUCCUGUGAAUGUACACACUAAAGAUGAAUAUGAAGGGAAUACUACUUGUAAAGAUCAAAUGAGACAAAUGAGUCCUGCUUCAUCAACGGAUACAACAAAGUCGACUAAUUCAUCACUGGGAAAUAAACAAGCAGCCUCGUCCUCAUUAUUAUUAUCAUCCUCAUCAGCAACAGAUCGUUUAGACUCGGGUCAAGAUGAAAAUCAACCAGAAUUUGGUUGUAAAGCUAUUGAAUCCAAUGUUAUACCUGUAAUUCAUGAAUGUUUUGGUCGUCAGUUAGGAUUAAUCUAUCCUGAUUUAUAUAAAGAACCUUAUUCAAAGUGUAUUAAAUGUGUUACUUGUUGUCGAUAUUUCUCACCGGAACAAUUUGUUGGACAUACGCACACUGUGACAGAAGUUGAUAAUUUAAAUCAUUGGGGUUUUGACUCGACAAAUUGGCGAUGUUAUCUACGAUUGUAUACAGGUCGACGAUUGAAUUUAAAUUCAACGCCAAUUCUUGCUAAUAUUAAUAGUGAACCUGAAGCUUCUGGUAAGACAAAUUCAAAAGAACCUGUAUUCACUGGAGACGCUCAUCGUCGUCUAGAAGAGUUCAAGAUUAAAUUUGCUCAACCGAUUAAACUACCUCCGUCAUUGAGUGCAGCUUUACGGAGUGUAGGAUUAUGCGCAUCUGUAGCACCAUUUUCUACUGGCAGCAAUGCUAUCAACACUCAACCAACAUCACAAGUUUCUGAAAAAAACGAGUCAAUCAAAGGUAGCACAACCACAACCACAUCAGCACCAGCACCACCACCACCACAACACUCACAACACCAACAACAACAGCAACAAGGUGUACCGAUGCGAUCAAAUAAACUGAAUGAUCAAACCUUAUCAACAAAUACUACGGUGAAUUCCACUGUCAAUCCAUCUCCACCAUGUAAUGUAAUGUUGCCUCAGUUAACAUUACGUCGUCUUUGGGCACCGAAUGAUGGACGGAUUAAACUUCCACCUCCGCCAAAGUUGUUAACAAACAGUGAAAUAAAAUUACUUCCUGAAAAGUUUCAAACAGGACCUCCAUUGUUAUUGCAUUCACAUCGAGUUGUCACUCAAGAUGCUGCACAUCAUUAUGAUCGUGAUUUUAUACCUAAUGUCUGUUUAAAACCCUUCAAAAGUACUACAAAUGAUUGUCAAAAGUUACUUAGACCAUCAUCAAGUCGUAAACGUCGACAUAGACGACAACAUCAUCAACAACAACAACAUUCACCACCACCACCAUCAACAACAACAGCAUAUUAUAAACAACAAAAUGAUGAAUAUCAUGAUUCCACUCGAAACUCGACGAGAUCACGUUCAUCCAGUGAAGAGUAUAGUUCAGGUUCAAGAAGUAGUCGUACACGAAGUUCUAGUACAGAUAGUACAACUAGUAGUCGAUGUAGUUGUGAUAAAUCUUCUAUUCGACAGAUGAAUUCAUCAAGAUUACAUCAUCAUAAUCAUCAUCGCCAUCAUUGGAUAACAGAGGAUCAAAAUAAAUCCUUAUCACCUGAUCCUAAUCAUCGAAAUAAUUCAAUUCAUGAAAUUUCUAAUUCUAACAAUUUAUAUGAUACGAAGUAUGCUAAGCGAAAUUUCUCCUAUACAUCUUCUAUGCCAUGUACACAUCGAUUACGUAAGACACGUUCACUUAGUCGAAUGAUGAAUAAGUGUAAUCAACGCAGAAGAAGGACAUCUUCAUGUCCUGGAGUGUUCCUUGCCACUACUUCCACUACUACUAAUACUAAUACUAGACAGGUGAAUAGUAUGAAUGCUCUUCAGUGUUCAAAUGAUAGGCAUAAUAAACGAAAGUUGUCUAAUUCAAUAUCAGCUUUUCAAACAUGUCGAAAAAAGGCGAACACCUGUCAAAUUGAUCGCAAUGGAAUGAAACAACGGUCUAAAGCAAUGGCAGCUGCACGUGCUGCACAAGGUGCAGCUAGUCGAACAGGUCCAGGAUUAUGGGCUAGACAUUUUGUUAAUUUACGAAAUUCUGAUGAAGAUUCUAUGAAAUUGCCCAACGCUAGACGAUCUGUAUCUCAAACAUCCGAUGCACAGAAUAAUUGUUAUAAUCCAAUGAAUACUACACCAGUCUUAGUGACAAAUCCAAUGAAGAAUAGUUUACCAGCGGCAGUUUUAGCUUUAGAAGCAAUCUGGGCAGAUCUAGUACGACUUAUCAAUGAGUAUACAAUUGCUAUUGAAUCAAGAUGCGGUGUAGAUACAGCACGUCAACGAUUAUUUGAACAAUUUAUAUCGAUGCAAACAUGUUAUGCAACGCAUAUAGCUGCUUUAAUGGAUGAAAAUCAAAAACUUCAUGAGAAGCUUACACAAGCUCAAAGUCAAUUAUUACUCUGUCAACCACAAUUACAAUCUUUCAUGAAUUAUAAUAAUAAUAAUAAUAAUAAUAGUAAUAACAGUAAUGCUGUAUCAUCAUCGUCGUUACUACCGGUUUCAUCGUCAACUAUGCAGACGCCAGCAUCAGUGCCGAUGUCAGCAUUGGCGACAACAGUAACAGCUACUGCUGCAACACCAUCUACAUCCGCGUCGAUGGCAUCCAUCUCAAAUCUUAAAUCAUUUCAACCUCCUCAUCAUCAGCAGCAGCAGCACCAACAGCAGCAAUAUCAUUUUGAUUGUAAAUCAGACAGUGCAUACACGUUCAACAGGUCAGAUGAAACAGGGAAUGCUGUUAUGUCACAUACUAGUAAUAAUAAUAAUAUUCAAAAUAUCAAUAUCAACAAUAACUUAACCCACUUUCCACGAAAUGAAUUUUCAUCUUUGGCUAACACUGACGCAAUACGAAAUGUAUCUUGUGUUAACAAACUGAAGCCAAUGAGUACAUCAGACGAGAUUCAGUCAAAGACUGUUAUGACAAGCAAUACUCCUUCUACUGCUGUUUCUGUUCCUGCUUCCGCUCCUCCUCCCCAGCCUCCUAUCUCCGCUUAUUCACUUCAUAAGCAUGCUUCCACUUCAAAUGAUUAUCCAACUGGAGGUUUACAUUCCUCGUCUAGAUCCUUGUCAACAACAUCCUCGUCAAGGCUGUUAUCACUAUCAUCAAGUUUAAAACGUAAAAAUGAUUCAUUAGAUGAUGAUGAUGAUUUCGACUUUGAAACGCAUCGUUCCACAUCAACUUUAUCAUCUUUGUCUAAUAAUAAUAAUAAUGUACAAGAACGUUUAGAGGCAAAUAAUAAUUAUCCAGACAUAUUACAGGCAACGACGACGACUCCUACUACUAUUACUGCUACUGGUGCUAGUACCUGUGAAAGUCGUGAAAGUCCUUCAGAAGGAGGUGGAGGAGGAGAAGGACAUAGUCAAAGUUCUUCUACUCCAACAGCCUCUGAAACUGAUGGUUUCCCUCGAGAUCCUGGAGAAGAAGAUGAGGAUGAUGCUCCAAAUCCAUGUGUAGGCGAAGCAACUGAUUCAAGCGUCUGGUUAAAAUCUUCUUUGACAACAAUUGACAAAUCUUCAACUUCAUGGGAAUUAUCACAUCAGAAUAAUAUUGGUAGAAGUUAUGAUGGUACAACAGCUAAAUUUAUUCCUCAACUUCAUGAUUCACCAAUGAUGGUGGUGGGGAAUACAACAACAAUGCCGAAAAAUCAUACAAUUUAUACGCAUCAACCUAAAAAACGACGUACACUAAACAUCCAUCUGUCCGCCACUGCUGCUGUCGCCUCGGCUGAGGCUGUGGCUGCCACUUCUACACCUAAUAUUAACAAUAAUAAUAAUGGUAACAUAUAAAAAUUCCUCUCUUACAAAUUAUAUUUCCUCAAUUGUUAGUGAGCCUGUGUGUAUUGUAUAGGCUUCCUAUGCGAAUCAAUAUCUGGAGACGCACAAACAUGGACACACAUACACUACCCCAUUAAAAUAGUAAUAAUAAUAGUAUAUGUUUAUAACAGAGAAGAAUAUAGCAGUCGUCAUGACAACAAUAUAUAUAUAUAUAUAUAAAUAUACGUCUGUAUACAGGUUCAUACAGGUUCACCCGCAGUAAAUCCCCCUGUACUCCAUCCAACUGAUGAUUUCCUCCUAUUACAUGUGUCGAGUUCAGUUUUAUCUUAGAAUUAUAUAUACCAACCAUUACUAGUUAUUAUUAUUGUUAUUAUUAUUAUUACUAGCAUUACUAUUAUUAUUAUCACUAUUAUCAUUAUUAUUCCUAUUAGUAAAACUAUUAUUAUACCAUACUUUUGUUUGAUUUCACUAUACCUUUGAUAAUAAUAAUUAUAAUAAUGUUAAUAAUGACGCACAUACAAGGCCCGAUAAAACUGCCUAGUAGCCAGAAUUCAACUACUCCGUUUAUACUCUCUCUUCUAUUAUUUCCUGUUGUCGUUUUAUUGUCGUCAGAAGAGGAAGUGUGCGUCGUGCGUGCGUGUGUGUGUUGUAUAUACAUGUGUGCUAUCCUUUAUGUAAAUUAGAUUCUCUAAGAGUAAAAAUACACCCCACCACUCACCCCCUGGCUACUGAAUUUUCAUUUAUCGCUCCCUUUUCUGUCGUCAUUUUCCUUGUCUACUGUGAUUUUUUCCCAUUUUAAUGUGAUGUACUAAAGUGUAUUCGUCCGUAUGUAUGUGUGCGUGUGUGUGAAUAAAGCAAAAUUAAAAAUAAACUGGUUACUUGUCCGUGUAUAACUGAAUCCCAUCUGUCCCCGUCCCCAAUUGAAUCAGGUACCCCCCCCCUAAAAGCAAAAAAACAGAAACCUUCCAACAUCCCGUCGCCACAUGCACGCACAACUCUUACUCUCUUCAAGUUUUGAAGAACAGAACAUCAAAAGAUCUAAAUGGGUCUGUGCGUGUGUAUAGCGUGUAUGCGCGUGCAAUACACCCACCUUUCUUCCUCGACUUUUGGGUUAUCUUAGCGGUCAAAUCCUUCAUUUCAGCUUGAGAUUCACGCACACACAAACACACACAUGAAUGAAAACGCACCCAGAGGAACUUAUCUCUAUUAUACUAUUAUUGUUACCGUGCAUUUUGUUUGUAAACUCCACGUCCCCAUCCUCACCCCCUUCGGAUAUGGAUUGCUUUAUUCUUUUUUUAACUCCGAUUAUCUACGCUACACUAAAAGUUGACCUUUGACACACACUGCUUCCUACUACUACUACGACUACUACUAAAACUACCUACCUACCUAGCUACCUAGCUAGCUAGCCAUUAUGAAUAUCAUACUUUGUCAUAGUUAUGAUUUAUAUAUAUAUAUACAUAUUUGGUGUAAGUUUAUUGAUUUUCUAUUGAUUCCUACCUACUCUUUUUAAACAACAUCAUUGACUGUCUGACGACCACAUUUAUCAUCUCUGUGCAUUUUUUUGUUUUUUUAUUUCAUCAGCUUCUUCUUUAUUCGUUACACUUUUAUGAUUAGUGUUAUUACCAUUACUACUAUUAUUAUUAUUAUCAUUAUUAUUAUUAUUACGUAACGAUUAUUGUAUUUCUCUCUUUUUCAACCUGUAUGCAAGUAUAUUAGUGUGUGUGUGUGGGCGUGCGUAGGUGUGUAUGUGUGUGUGUGUAUCAUGUGUUUAUCUAAUAUGUAACAAAUUUGUCCUGUUCUACUUUUGGCUACUUAUGUUUGUUUGUGUGUGUGGCUAUCUGUGCGUAUCUCCACGUCUUUUGGCUUGUUCCCCUCAAAAUUUGAUACCAUUCUCUACACAUCCUCUUCAUUCUGCUCAGUCCCCAUCUUCUGGAACCUGAAGUUGUGUAAGACAGCUAUGCACCAUCAUACAUAGACACUGACGCAGGUACCUAUGGUUCUUUUGCGUUCAUUUCCAUACUAGCAUCCAUAUUUUGGGUCUUAUUUCCCCCCCCCCCUCUCUGUUUAUGCGUGUGUGUUUCAUUCAUAAUGACUGUGUGUGUGGACAUUGCGCCGACAAACAGCUGUUCUUCAUCACUAUCCCUAUUAUUAUUAUGAUUAUUAUUACUGAUUGUCAAUAUUAACACCCGUGUGUAGAUGUUAUUUUCAAAUAUUACCAUUAUUAUUAUUAUAUCAUCAUUAUCAGGGGUUUCUAGUUCGAUUCUAUUUUAUUAUUCUUAUUACUGUCGUUGUGUUUAUUAUGUAUAAUGUCCUCCUCCUUUCUGGUUUGUUUUCUUGUUCUUUUCUGUCUGACUGUAAAUUUAUUUUUGGAUACACACAAACAUAGACGUUGUUUUAUUUUGUCUCUAUGAUGGUAUAUAUUAUUGCUAGUACUAAUCAUUAUAACAAUAAUAAUAUUAACAAUAACAACACUCAACACUGCUGUCUAUUACUUAAUUAUUAUUAUCAUUAUUAUUAUAAUUAAUCAAUAAUAAUUUAAUUGAUUAAUGACUUUGCAUACUGUGAACCCUAGUGAUGAUUACUAUCCACUUCGGUUUUAACCAAGUGUUUACUUUACUCGGCGCCUCCUUUAACCCCUGCCCGCCCGUCUUUAACAUCCCUUCUUGCCCUUCGAUGAUGAUGAUUGGUUAAUUGGUUAAGAUGUAUCCCUCUUACUUUUACUUUUACUCAUAAUAGCUACCUACCUACCUACCUACUUCCUUACUUACUUACUUACUAUUGUUAGAGUUUAUAUUAGUAAAUCUCCUCUUUCCACAAUGUUAUUGUUACUUUCCUCUAACGUUACUACCUAUUCCCCACCCACCCACUUAUGCACGCACGCACGCACUCAGACACACACAACCAACUCUUAGUUGCUAUGGUGUUUCUCAGUUAUAUAGUUCCUUCCUUCAUUUUUGGUUAUCAAUAUUUGACUGUUCUCUUUUUUCUUGUUGUUGUUAAUGUUGUUGUUUUGUCGUUUUCACCGCCGUCACCGUCGUUGUCCUAGUCGGUGUUGUCGUCAGCAGCCGAAGCAGAAUCAGUAAUACUAAUAAUAAUACCAAUAUAUUUUGUGAGCGAUACAAUACGUUGAAUUCUUAAGAAUAUUAAUAUUUAGAAAAAAAACGAAAAAUGAAAUUGUCUUGUUUGCAAAUAUAUACAUAUAUAUAGAUAUUUUUUAAAAGAUUCAAUGACUUGACUGUAUUUCUGUCCUGUAACUGUUACACUGACGCGAAAAACGCACAUCAACACACACACGCACAAAAACACACAGAAAUACAGACUGACGUACAUACAUACAACAAUAUAUUUGUCCCCGUUUUCAAUUCUAUUUAUUUGACUGGUUUCAUAUAUUGAUUGAUCUAUUGAUUGAUACAUUCAUUCACUCAGUUAGUCAGUCAGUUAUUGAUUUUGUUAUUGAUAAAUCGAUUUAUUGAUGAUGAUGAUAACAGUAGGUUGACGGUUCACUCGAUAUGAAGAUAUACAUACAUCUGUAUAAUAUUGAGACUCAAGUAGGCGAAUGUAUACGCGUUCAGUUGUGCACAACACAUACAUACACACGCACAUACACACACACACACACAAAGAGAGACACGUAGACACUAUUCAUUAUGAUUCUGAUCAAUUAACACAGAGAAACCAAGUUUUUGUAAAAUUCCCGUUACUAUACAUAUAUAUAUAUACACUCAAAUAUAAAUAUGUUGCUUGCUUGUGUUUUUUUUUUGUGGACUGUAUUCACAAUUUCUUUAAAUGUUUCUCCUGACUUAUUCUCUUCCUCUUCCUACUCCACCUCCUGCUCCUGCUCCAUUUUGGUUCUCUUUUCCUCCUCUCUUUUGUUUUCCAGAUUUUAAUGAUUUAAAUAUAAAUAAACAAAUCAAUAAGUUAAUAAAUAAAUAUAUUGAUAAAUAAAUUAUAC